CGCAUCCUCGAAGGAAAGAGAGAACCCGUCCCAUCCAUCCCUCCAUGGACCCUCGGACGAGCGCCGAAGAGUCGGACGAGCCCGGGAGCGCGGAGACGUAUCCGGCCUCUAUCCGGGCGGCCGUGAGCCGCGUCCUGCGUGGUUAUGAUUGGAGCGUGGUGCCCGCUCCGGUCCGGAAUGGGUCUGGCACCGGAUCGAACGGCGGGGACAGACGCAAGCCUUACGUGAAGAGGCCUAUGAAUGCUUUUAUGGUGUGGGCCCAGGCGGCCCGCAGGAAACUGGCCGACCAGUACCCACAUUUGCAUAACGCAGAGCUCAGCAAAACACUUGGGAAGCUUUGGAGGUUGCUCAACGAAGAGGACAAGCGGCCCUUUGUGGAGGAGGCCGAGAGGCUGCGGCUGAUCCACAAGCGGGAGCAUCCCGACUACAAAUAUCAGCCGAGGAGGAAGAAAGUGCCGAAAUCCGGGUCAGAAAAACCUCAACAGCCUGCUGGCCAGGCCAACACAGCCAUCGUGUUCAGAUCUUUGAAGUACAGUGAUUCCGAUUCCAACUCCGUACAAGCAGACAGCGGCACCGGAGCCCCAUCCAGCCCACCUACACCUCCAUCAAGUCCUCCCAUGGAAGAACUGACUCCUCUAAAUCGGCGGCUCAAAGCAGAUGGCAGCAACUACGAGCAGCCAAUCGACUUCAGCUAUGUGGACGUGGGACAGCUCACUCGCGAGGCAAUGGACAACUUGGACGAAUCAGAACUCGAUCAGUACUUACCGCCAUCAAGUCUUCGACAGUACAUGGGACUGGUGCCCCCACUUAUUGAGGACUUCGGAGGCCCAUACCCAGUCAACACAGCCUCGUUUGUGAGUAACAGUUCGACGGGCGAAGAACAUUGGGCUUGUUUUUAAAAGUUGCAGAGAGAGCUCAAACUAGGGCUAUGUGCUUCAGAUAUCUUUAACACCUUCUUGAAGCUUGCAGCAGUAUCCAAGGACAUAUUUUUGUGCUAUGGACGAUGGUGUUAGUUGAAUGUGCCAAAGACGGAGCUCUAACUGUUGUUUUGUGGUCACAUGACUUUAACGUGCAAUAAAAAUUUUAAAUAUUUCCGAAGGAAAACAAUAGUACCUAGUAAAAUCCAAAGCCCUAGAUCGUAGGUAAAGUAGCGACACAUCCACCAUCUUAGGACUAAAUGCCGUUUUCUUCUUAUGUCUGCUAUAAUGAAGUAGAAAGUUUUGCUUCUUAAUUGAGGUACUUCUUGAUUGUGGAUUAACAUAGAGUGAACCAGAAAAUAGCCCGUCAAGGUAUGACAGGUGAAAAUUGCUUCUACAUUUGAACGAAACUGUUAGUUGAUAUUUUGAUAGUUGAAAUUUUAACCCUAACUCCAGUAGAUAGCGUUAAUUGUAACUUAAAAUUAGUCUUACCAGUAAAACAGUUAAGUUUUUGGAUCCAGUUCAGCCUUGUCAAAAUAAAGCAUUUUCUUGCAUGUCAAACAUUACCAAAAAAUAUCAUCAAAUGAGGCAGUGAGAAGCAAAGGGAUGUAAGUAGCAAAAUUAAAAAUUUGGAGAUAACCAGCACAAAUGGUAGCCUUGCGGCAAGAGAUGGUACUAAUAGCCCUGGUAGGUGCUGCUGUACAGCAUGAUUUAGGGGAAAAAAUCAAUGAAAGCCUUCCUAGAACGUUAUCUUUAUAGUCGUUUUACUCGAAACUUGAAAAUGUCCACUUUCAUCCUUUUGCUUCUCACUGCCUGAAAUGAAAAAAACUUACUGAAUUUUUGAUGCUUCAACAAUUAAUUAAUGCCGUUACGCAUGCUCACGCAGUUUUUUGUUGGUGACGUCAGAGCGUUUCUCGAUCAGUGUUUUGUCUUUUGUACGUAUGAGGAUAAGAAGAAACCACAAUCAAGAAGCAAAACAUGCUACGUCACCAUACCAGACAUAAGAAGAAAGCAUCGUUUAGCCUCAAGAUGGCGGAAGUGUCACUAUUUCAGUCUACUAUUCAGGUUUAUUUAGCAUGGGAGCUCACGGGAGCGCAGCUCCUGCACUUCUUUUCAAUUUUUUGUGAAUUUUAACAUACUGAACUGACAUAUUAUGUUUAACAUGCGGAAAUAUCUUCUAACAUACAACGAGUGAAAAUAGAACACGAUGAAGAUUUAAAGGGAAAAAAAAUCUUGUUGUCAGUUUGCGAAAGAGUUCGUUCGAAAUAAUUAUUCAAUUCAAUUCUGACUUGGGAAACCUCACUGCAGAUGGAAUGAAAAAAAAAUCUGAAGAAUAGCUGCAACCUUCGAGUAUGGUAUCUCAUUGCGAAAUGCGAGCCGUGGACUAAAAAACUGAUGCCAAUUUAUUUUUUUAAUAUCGAAGCAAGAUGUGUUUGUUAUGAUUCCUAACAGCUGUGCUGUUGAUCGGAGUCAACGUGUAUCUUGUCGAAUCACAUUAUUUGCAUACCAUAACAAGAAUGUAUCUUUUUUACUGAAGGACAUUUUUGAUACCAUUUUUACUUUUACAUUUUAUUAUGAUACUUUGAAAGUAGCAAAUAUUUUGUUUCAUUGUCUUUUUUUAUCUU